UAACGCAUGAACGCGCCUCGUUAUCGCAAGGUGUAAAAGAUUUAAGAGCAAAGCGUUUUUCAGCAGGAGGAACAUCGGAACAGCGUCGCCCGCUCGCUGUUCGCGCGCGCCUAGCGAACUGUUCGGCUCCAUCCGGCGAACCGGGCUCGUCCAGAGGGCGGGCUUCGCCUGCCGUAGUCAAAAAGGGUCCCACUUCGACUGGCUGCUCUCAUUGCAGUUCAGUCUGCCGAGCGGAGCACAGAGGAGCGGACUGACAGAGACACCAGCCCCGGCUCCAUUCAAGGAUUUUUUUAAACCUCCUGCAGUUCGUCCUACAGCACAGGACCGAUAAGGACUCUCAGCUCGCCUUCCGUGGAAAAUGUUCCUCUUGCAGUACACGGGACUCAACGCUCUGCCCUUUGAUCCAGCAACCAACAACGAUCCUCUUCAGUUCAACGGUUCUAGUGGUCCACUUGGGACUGAGUGCGCUCCCUUGGAUAACACUGCUGAAAACGGCAAAAAGAGAAAGAGAGCCAGCCUCCCUCCAGAAGGGAUCUGUAACAUGACGAUGGACUCCAACUCGAUGACGAUGCCCAUGUCUGACCCCAACCCCUGGGCAGCUGCUAUGAACAACAUGGGGAUGCCUCCUAUAGGAAUGACAGGACAGCCACUUCUACCAGAUUUUGAUCCUAACCUUGGCAUGAUGGCUGGAAUCACCCCCAUAAACCCCAUGAUGCCCGGCCUCGGCAUGGUGCCCUCACCCGUCUCCCAGGACGUUCCAGUCGUGAAGGAGAUCAUCCACUGCAAGAGCUGCACCCUUUUUCCCCCCAACCCUAACCUACCUCCUCCUGCCACAAGAGAACGCCCUCCAGGCUGCAAGACUGUGUUUGUCGGCGGCUUGCCAGAGAACGCCACAGAGCAGCUCAUCAUGGAGGUCUUUGGACAGUGUGGCGAUAUCACAGCGAUUCGCAAAAGCAAGAAGAAUUUCUGCCACAUCCGAUUUGCAGAGGAGUCCACAGUGGACAAGGCUCUGUUUUUGUCUGGAUAUCGAAUCCGUUUGGGCUCAAGCACAGACAAAAAGGACACUGGGCGGCUCCAUGUUGACUUCGCUCAGGCCAGAGACGACCUGUACGAGUGGGAAUGCCGCCAGCGCAUGUUGGCCCGAGAGGAGCGUCACAGGCGCAAGUUGGAGGAGGACCGCCUGAGGCCGCCGUCCCCUCCUCCCAUCGUCCACUAUUCAGAGCACGAGUGCAGCCAGCUGGGAGACAAAAUCAAAGACGACGGUAAGUUUCCAGAGGCCGUCCGCGUACUCCUGACCUGGCUGGAGCGGGGCGAAGUCAACCGCAGGAACGCCAACAACUUCUACUCCAUGAUCCAGUCCUCCAACAGCCACAUCCGCCGGCUGAUCGGCGAGAAGAGUCAACACGAGAAGGAGAUGGAAGAGGCCAAGGACAAGUUCAAGUCGGCGCUGGCUGGCAUCGUGGCUCAAUUUGAACAGAUUGUGUCUGUAUUCCAAGCUGCUUCCAAACAAAAGGCAUGGGACCAUUUCUCCAAAGCUCAGCGCAAGAACUUGGACAUGUGGCGCAAACAAGUCGAGGAGAUCAGAAACAUGCACAACGAGCAGCUGAUGGGCAUCAGGCGAGAAGAGGAGAUGGAAAUGUCUGAUGAUGAUAUGGAGGACGUCCCUGACAGCAAAGACUCUGAGGACUCAGGUGUUUCCCAAGUAGAAGCCUUAAAGGAGGAGAACGACUCGCUACGCUGCCAGCUGGACGCCUACAGGAACGAAGUGGAGCUGCUCAAACAGGAGCAGGGAAAGAACCAGCCAGUCCGCAGCGAGGAGGACAGCACUCAUUCACAGCAGCUCAGCUUCCUGCAGCAGGCUCUGCAAGGCAUGCAAAAGCAACUGUUAAAAAUGAGGGACGAACUGAAGCAGCGGGAGGCGGAGCUGGAAAAGAGUCUGGAGGACAAACAGCAGCUGAAGUUUGAAGUCCAGAAUCUGAAGGAAGGCCUCCAGAAGUUGCAGAGCACACACACAAUGCAGCUGGAGAUGUCAAACCCGGCCGAUGGAGGCAAAGACGACAGCAACAACAAGACUGUUGAAGCCACACUUUCAGCAGUGGUGUCCUGCAGUCAGGAGAAAAGAGGUCCCACAGAGAAAAACUCAACAAGUCCUAUUCACUCAGAGAGGGAAGCCCUGCUAGUUGGGAUCAUCUCAACCUUCCUGCACGUCCACCCGUUCGGAGCCAGCAUCGAGUACAUCUGUUCCUACCUCCAGCGUUUGGACACCAAGAUUAACCCCAGUGAGGUGGAGGCUCUCCUUUCCCGGCUGCCCUGCACCUUCAGGCAGGAGCUGACUGGCGUUGGAGCGAGUUUGGAGAAACGCUGGAACUUCUGCGGCUUUGAGGGCAUAAAGAGCACUUAGGCUCCACAGGUGACACUUCUGGGACUUCAAGAAGACGACAGGCAACACAGACUUUGUAGCAAUGUGAAAGAUACAGUAUCUAGCUCACAAGUAUCAAAGACUCUGUACUGAAUCCUGACUGUACAAGGGACACAGAGGACUGAUCUCAGAUCAAGCGGGAAUGUUACAUGAGCACUUCAGGGACUGUGUAGGUGGCAGAGACUUUAAACAUCAUCGCUGUGGAGACCAAGCACCCACGAUGGAGUCCUCAGAAGCUUGAUCUCCGAGUUCCUGUGCAUCUGCAAAAUAUUUUUAGACAUGAUGACUCCCUGGGAGUCACAGAGGAGCACCAGUUUCUACCGUCACUGGAUCAUCGCGUAGUUUUGCCCACAGGAGCAGAGCGUGGUGCGUUUGGAGUCAACACGUGGAUCUGUCUGGUAUCAGGUCUACAGGGCUAAUCCAGGAGGAGAUGAGGGUGUGUCCUCCCAACCCGUCGACCUCCUUCUCUUCUCUUUUUGCUGUUGCCGGUUUGUAACAUAGAUCAAAAACGAAUAUAUUUCUUCAUUUUCUGUAAAGGCUGUCAGCAGUUGCAUAGACUCAUUUGUUGUAAUACACUGUAAAUGCUUGGAUGAUAUUUUUGAAUAUAAAAGACAUUUGAAUAUAAAGAAAACAGCAAAGUGUCUGUAUUUUUGUGCAUCUGAGGAGCAGGUAGAGGGGUUUGUGUGACUGAUAUGCACAAGACAAGUAGGCUACCUCUACGUUUGUGCUCAUUCUUGCUUGAAGAGCCGUGUUUUUUUCUCGUUUCCUUUAUCUAUCAGGAGCUGUACUCAGAGCUGGGUUUAGAAGCUUACAUAAGG